AUGGCUGAGGAUAAAGGCAAGAGAGAUUCCAUUGGAAUGAGUAUGAAGGGAGGCCGGACAAACAACGGGUUUGUACAAAAUGAAGACAUCCUAGAGACGGACCCGGACCCGGGCAGCCCAGAGGACAGCCCACAGCACAACGCCGUGGACAUCUUUGGCCCUGCAGAGCCUGACUUGAAGGAUGUCCGGCCCUACGCGGGGAUGCCCAAGGAGGUGCUGUUCCGGUUCUCGGGCCAGGCCCGCUACCGGGUGCCCCGGGAGGCCCUCUUCUGGCUCACCGUGGCUUCUGUGCUCGUGCUUAUUGUGGCCACCAUAGGCAUCGUUGCCAUCUCUCCGAAGUGCCUGGACUGGUGGCAGGCGGGGCCCAUGUACCGGAUCUACCCGAGGUCUUUCAAAGACAGCGACAAGGAUGGGAACGGAGAUCUAAAAGGUAUUCAAGAUAAGCUAGAUUACAUCACAACUUUAAAUAUAAAAACUGUUUGGAUUACCUCAUUUUAUAAAUCAUCCCUUAAAGAUUUCCGACACGGUGUUGAAGAUUUCCGAGAAAUCGAUCCCAUUUUCGGAACAAUGAAAAAUUUUGAGAAUCUGGUUGCAGCCAUACAUGAUAAAGGUUUAAAAUUAAUCAUCGAUUUCAUACCAAACCACACCAGUGAUAAACAUGCUUGGUUUCAGUGGAGUCGGAACCGGACAGGGAAAUAUACUGAUUAUUAUAUCUGGCAUGACUGUACCCGUGAAAAUGGCAAAACCAUACCGCCCAACAACUGGUUAAGUGUAUAUGGAAACUCCAGUUGGCACUUUGAUGAAGUACGAAACCAAUGCUAUUUUCAUCAGUUUAUGAAAGAGCAACCUGAUUUAAAUUUCCGUAAUCCUGAUGUUCAAGAGGAAAUAAAAGAAAUUAUACAGUUUUGGCUCUCAAAGGGUGUCGAUGGCUUUAGCUUCGAUGCUGUUCAAUUUCUUCUAGAAGCAAAGCAUCUGAGAGACGAGGCCCAAGUGAAUAAGACCCAAAUGCCGGACACAGUCACUCACUACUCGGAGCUGUACCAUGACUUCACCACCACACAGGUGGGAAUGCACGACAUUGUCCGCAGCUUCCGGCAGACAAUGGACCGAUACAGCAGGGAGCCUGGGAGAUACAGGUUCAUGGGGACUGAAGCCCAUGGAGAGAACAUUGCCAAGACCAUGAUGUACUACGGCCUGCCUUUUAUCCAAGAAGCAGAUUUUCCCUUCAACAGUUACCUCGGUAAACUAGACGUGCCUUCUGGGAACAGUGUGUUUGAGGUUAUCACAUCCUGGAUGGAAAACAUGCCAGAAGGAAAAUGGCCUAAUUGGAUGACUGGUGGACCAGACAAUGACCGGCUGACUUCUCGUCUGGGGAAACAAUAUGUCAACAUCAUGAACAUGCUUGUGUUCACACUGCCUGGAACUCCCAUAACUUACUACGGGGAAGAAAUAGGAAUGAGAAAUAUUUUAGCCACAAAUCUCAAUGAAACCUAUGACGUUGAUACUCUUCUCUCAAAGUCACCAAUGCAGUGGGACAAUAGCUCAAAUGCUGGUUUUUCUGAAGGGAAUCACACCUGGUUACCCACCAGUUCAGAUUACCACACUGUGAAUGUUGAUGUCCAAAAGACGCAGCCCAGAUCAGCACUAAAGUUAUAUCAAGAAUUAAGUCUGCUUCACGCCAAUGAGCUGCUCCUCAGCAGGGGAUGGUUUUGCUACUUGAGGAAUGACAACCACUCUGUUGUGUACACAAGAGAGCUGGACGGCAUAGACAGAGUCUUCGUCAUGGUUCUGAAUUUUGGAGAAUUAUCACUGCUUAAUCUAAAGGAAAUGAUUUCAAAUAUUCCCACAAGAGUAAGGAUAAGGUUAAGUACCAAUUCUGCCUACAAAGGCCGUGAAAUUGAUACGCAUGCCAUUACACUGGACAAAGGAGAAGGACUCAUCCUUGAAUACAACACGAGGAAUCUCCUUCAUCACCAAACAGCUUUCCAAGACAGAUGUUUUGUUUCCAACCGGGCAUGCUACUCCAGUGUAUUGAACAUACUGUACAGCUUGUGUUAGGCACCUCUGUGAAAGAGAUGGAGACGCUGG